AGACGGGAUGCGAAUGCGCUGAAAUCCGUGCGAGAGGCUGCCCCCGCUGCCCGGGGACUCGCGUCAGCGCGGCCGGAGCUACGGUGCCCGCGCCCUGGACGCACCAGCCCGAGAGCACGCGGUGGGGUGCGGGAGCUGGGCACCCACCCUCGGCCUGGAGGCAGGGGGGGACCCCGGGGCGGAGUCCAGCGCGGGGCGGGGCGCACAGGUCUGAGACGCCGGUAAGAGCUGUGGGGGCGGAGCGCCAACUCCAGCUGGAACCCAGAGACCGCGACACGCCAGAGGAGCCCGCCAGGGCGAGGAAAAAAGAGGGACAUCCCCCACGCAGCGGCUCUGCUGCAAGUGCAAGUCCGGGUCCUCUAGGCGAAAACUGAGCGGCCCGCCCGCGCCCAGCCACCCUGUGACCCUCGGUCCGGCUUCCGGAGCCGCAGGGCGCACAGAAAGGAGGCGCCGAGGCAGACAUCACCAUGGCAGCCCAGAAUGGAAACACCAGUUUCACACCCAACUUUAAUCCACCCCAAGACCAUGCCUCCUCCCUCUCCUUUAACUUCAGUUACGGUGAUUAUGACCUCCCUAUGGAUGAGGAUGAGGACAUGACCAAGACCCAGACCUUCUUCGCAGCCAAGAUCGUCAUUGGCAUUGCACUGGCAGGCAUCAUGCUGGUCUGCGGCAUCGGUAACUUUGUCUUUAUCGCUGCCCUCACCCGCUAUAAGAAGUUGCGCAACCUCACCAAUCUGCUCAUUGCCAACCUGGCUGUCUCCGACUUCCUGGUGGCCAUCAUCUGCUGCCCCUUCGAGAUGGACUACUACGUGGUACGGCAGCUCUCCUGGGAGCAUGGCCACGUGCUCUGUGCCUCCGUCAACUACCUGCGCACCGUCUCCCUCUAUGUCUCCACCAAUGCCUUGCUGGCCAUCGCCAUUGACAGAUAUCUCGCCAUCGUUCACCCCUUGAAACCACGGAUGAAUUAUCAAACGGCCUCCUUCCUGAUCGCCUUGGUCUGGAUGGUGUCCAUUCUCAUUGCCAUCCCAUCGGCCUACUUUGCAACAGAAACCGUCCUCUUUAUUGUCAAGAACCAGGAGAAGAUCUUCUGCGGCCAGAUCUGGCCAGUGGAUCAGCAGCUCUACUACAAGUCCUACUUCCUCUUCAUCUUUGGCGUCGAGUUCGUGGGCCCCGUGGUCACCAUGACCCUGUGCUAUGCCAGGAUCUCCCGGGAGCUCUGGUUCAAGGCAGUCCCUGGGUUCCAGACGGAGCAGAUUCGCAAGCGGCUGCGCUGUCGCAGGAAGACAGUCCUGGUGCUCAUGUGCAUCCUCACGGCCUAUGUGCUGUGCUGGGCACCCUUCUACGGUUUCACCAUUGUUCGUGACUUCUUCCCCACCGUGUUCGUGAAGGAAAAGCACUACCUCACUGCCUUCUACGUGGUCGAGUGCAUCGCCAUGAGCAACAGCAUGAUCAACACCGUGUGCUUCGUGACGGUCAAGAACAACACCAUGAAGUACUUCAAGAAGAUGAUGCUGCUGCACUGGCGUCCCUCCCAGCGGGGGAGCAAGUCCAGUGCCGACCUUGACCUCAGAACCAACGGGGUGCCUGCCACAGAAGAGGUGGACUGUAUCAGGCUGAAGUGACCCACUGGUGUCACACAAUUGAAAACCCCAGUCCAGUACUCAGAGCAUCACCCACCAUCAACCAAGUUCAUAGGCUGCAUGGGAAAUGACAUCUGUGUUCAUGCCUCCCCCGUGCCCUCAAGAAGCCGAAUGCUGCAAAGUCGUAACAUACAAUGAGAAUAGACAUGAACCAAAUCAGCUAACAUUUACUGAUAUCUGCUCGAGACCUACUGUGUCCACAAUCCCGACAAGGAGAUUAGACACAAGGAGCAACAACUGACAUGGACUGAACACGUACUGUGUGUAAACCAUACCAAUGAGAUUAGACAGGGACAGCAGGAGCUGACAUUUACUCAUCACCUACUAUAAUCAAAAACAUUUGAUUUGAUUACAACCAAAAACAUACAAAAAACAUAACAAGUGGCAGAAGCUAUUGGAGUCCCCAAGCUAUCUCCAGAUAUAUAGAUAGUUCACCCUCCAUCUUCCCUAAUUCUGUAUCUUAUCAGUGCAGGAAUAUCAAAAGGCUAUAGGCCAGGCAUGAUGGCUCAUGCCUGUAAUCCCAGCACUUUGGGAGGCUGAGGCACGUGGAUCACUUGAGGUCAGGAGUUCAACCCAGGCUGGCCAACAUGGUGAAACCCUGUCUCUACUAAAAAUACAAAAUUAACUAGGCGUAGUGGCAGGCACCUGUAAUCCCAGUUACUCAGGAGGCUGAGGCAGGAGAAUAGCUUGAACCUGGGAGUCAGAGGUUGCAGUGAGCUAAGAUUGCUCCACUGCACUCCAGCCUGAGUGACAGAGUGAGACUCUGUCUCAGGAAAAAAACAAACAAACAACAAAACAAAACAACAACAACAAAUGGCUAUAGAAGAAGACUCUUAGACACAAUGGAACUCUAACGAUGUUUGUCAGUGCAGGGUUUACAGCAUCAUGGGAGGUGCGUUAAAGCUAUCACACUGAACUUUCCCACCCACCUCCUACUGCCUCCCAGGGCAUUCUCUAGGAUUUUGGCUUCAAGAAAAAAAAAUUCUUAUAGUCAGCCCAGCCUUAUGUGGUUAUCCACAAUGGUGUAAUUUCAAAGGAAAGAACCUAAAAAUCACGUUCCCACUGAUGCUUGAAAGCUUAUCAUUUUAUUUGGGUGGAGAUGGGUAAUGCUGAGGUGUCAAUUUUUGCCUUCUCAGUGCAAAGGAUUUCAGUGGCUCUGGGGUCAGGGGGAAAGACGACAGAGAAAAAAGUGGAGGUUGCCACUGGCAAUGAACAUAAUCUCUGUGGGCAUUUUGCUAAGGACUGGACCACUUUCUAGAACACUCUCUCUUUUACAAAAGGAACUCUACUUAAAAUCCAAAGACCUGGGUUCAGGUCCUAACUCUAAGACUCAAGUCCUAAACUCAGGAUGUUUUCUCUCUGUGUCUCAGUUUUGCUUUAAUGAAAUGGCGAUGAUGAAAAUAUCUGCUCUUCCUACCUUGCAAGACUGUUGGGAGAGCCCACUGAGGCCAUGGUUUGUGAAUGUGCUUUUCAACUGUGCACACGAUAAGAAUGGAGAAGUGAUAUUGAACAGUUUAUUUGGAGGGAGUUUAUUUGGAAACCCCAUCCACUGUGAUUUAUUAGAGAAAUACGCACACUUUUUCAUCCCUGUUCUUUGGACAAAAGACUCCUGAAGACUUCACAGUGUACCUUGUCUACAGUGAGCCAAAAAGGGAUCCCUGUUCUUGGUUAUAAUCUGGGAAAUUUAACCUCAGAUUCUCAGUGACCCCAAGACUCUCAGCAUUCCCGUGGUCUUAGAAGUGUUGACAGUCUUCCCUGCAUGUUGCAAAAUAGCACCCUAGCGCUGCAUAAAUAUCACUUCUGAAUCUGUUUUUAUUAUUAUACAUUUGUGGUGACUGUAGGUACACGUCUUCAUUUCUUCUUGAUUCAUUUGGAAGUGGUAGCUAUACAAAUGGUACGUGGUUUGGGACUGACCCAUCCAUAUUUGACCAAUUCCUAAUUUUUUAUAGACAAGGAAUUAAUUGUUUGCUUGUUUGAUUGUUUUUAUUAUUUGUUGAUUUGUUUCUCUGACUGAAGUUUCAACCAACGUUUCUUUCUAUCACCACCCAGCAGACUCACCUUCAGCCCAAUCAUUGUACUCUCAGAAAAUGCAGGCCGGCACGGUGGCUCACAUCUGUAAUCCCAGCACUUUGGGAAGCCAAGAUGGGCAGAUCACCCGAGGUCAGGAGUUCAAGACCAGCCUUGCCAACAUGGCGAAACCCCAUCUCUACAAAAAUACAGAAAUUAGCUGGCGUGUUGGCACAUGCCUGUAGUCCCAGCUCCUCAGGAGGCUGAGGCAUGAGAAUUGCUUGAACCCCAGAGGCAGAGGUUGCAGUGCAUUGAGAUCGCACCGCUGCACUCCAGCCUGGGUGAUAGAGCAAGAUUCCAUCUCAAAAGGAAAAGAAAAGAAAAUGCGAACACACUAUAAUAUUAGCCUAAGCAAAACUGUUAAUUCUGAUUUACAAAAAUUCUUCCUUGCUUGGCUUUGAAAUGCAUUGUGUAAUUACAAAAUUAUAAAAUUACACAAUGCAUUUCAAAGCCAAGCAAGUAACAAUUUUAGGUUAUGUACAUUUCUAUAAAUAUAAUAAUUGUAUUUUUAUUUAUUAUUCUAUCCUGGCUCUUAGCCAAAUCAGGAGACUCUUUAGGAAUGGACCGUGUAUCAGCUGAGUCUGUCAGCAGGAUUCGUCACCCUUUUCCUUUUUGUCCUAGAAUAUACCAACUUCCUUUCAUUGAAAUUUAACUGAAAAAACUUUUGUAAAUAUCAGUGUGUAUUUGUGAUUUUCCAGUGAUUAAAGUGUAAUGUUGUUAUCCAAUUAAAUAAUUAACAUAUGGAAUUUAGUCACAGGUUUCAAGUGCUUUCUCUGCUGAUCUUUUAAGCGUGUUAGUAUAUUAGAUAUGAGUGAAGUAAUAGCUACCUAAACAAUCCAACCUUGAAACAGAGAAGGAACUUAUUGAAGGCAUUUUUAGAACAGUGGUAGCUCAUAGCAUCAAUCAGCCUCCUCUCCGUUACAUCCUUCAAGCUAAUGGCCCCGGAGUGUAUUCAUGCGUGCAAAUAAGCAAAGAACCGUGGUCCUGAACUGAUGUGAUGCCUUCAUUCUAAAACAGUCUUGUUUGUUCCAAUGAAAGCUGCUGUUUGCUCGGUGACUAUUCAUCCCUCC